AUGGCUCCCAUCGCAACCACCUCGCCAGGCAAGGCGCACCUCUCGAGCGUCGACAUCAUGUCGCUCGAGGCUGACUACUCUGCCCACAACUAUCACCCCCUCCCCCUUGUCAUUGCGCGUGGAGACGGCGCGCGUGUUUGGGACCCCGAGGGAAACGAGUACCUCGACUUCCUGGCUGCUUACAGCGCCGUUAACCAGGGUCACUGCCACCCCGACAUUCUCAACACCCUCAUCCAGCAGGCGUCCACCCUCACCCUCUCCUCCCGCGCGUUCUACUCGACCGGCCUCGGUCCGUUCGCCAAGAAGGUGACUGAGUUGUUCGGCUUUGAGAUGAUGCUCCCCAUGAACACUGGUGCCGAGGCCGUCGAGACGGCCAUCAAGAUCGCGCGCAAGUGGGGCUAUGAGAAGAAGGGAAUUGCUCCCCACAAGGCCAAGGUCCUCUCUGUCGAGGGCAACUUCCACGGCCGCACGAUCGGCAUCAUUUCGAUGUCGACCGACGAGGAUGCGCGCAACAACUUUGGCCCAUACCUCGAGAACGUUGGCCCAACCGUCAACGGCAAGACGAUCCGCUACAACCACGCCGAGGACCUCGAGGCCGUCCUGAACGAGUGCGGCGACGAGGUGGCCGCGUUCCUCGUCGAGCCGAUCCAGGGCGAGGCGGGCAUCUUUGUUCCCGACGACGGAUACCUCAAGCGGGUGCGCGAGCUGUGCACCAAGCACAACGUGCUGCUGAUCUGCGACGAGAUCCAGACCGGCCUCUGCCGUACCGGCAAGAUGCUCUGCUACGAGUGGGACGGCAUCAAGCCCGACAUGGUCAUUCUCGGCAAGGCUCUGUCGGGCGGCAUGUACCCCGUCUCGUGCGUUCUUUCUUCCAAGGACAUUAUGCUCUGCAUCAAGCCUGGAGAGCACGGUUCGACCUAUGGUGGCAACCCUCUCGGCUGCGCUGUUGCUUCCACGGCUCUCGACGUUCUCGUCAAGGAGAACCUGGCUGAACGCUCGCUCAAGCUCGGCGAGAUCUUCCGUGAGGGCGUCAAGGCUAUCAACUCGCCGUUUGUCACCGAGGUUCGCGGGCGCGGGUUGUUCAACGGCGUCGUGAUCGACCACUCCAAGUCGACCAAGGGCCGCACGGCUUGGGACCUGUGCCUCAUCAUGCUCUCCAAGGGUCUCGCGGCGAAGGUGACGCACGAGACGAUCAUCCGCUUUGCCCCGCCUCUUGUCAUUUCCGAGGAGGACGUGCACAAGGCCGUUAACAUCAUCCGGGACUCGUUGGAGGUCUUUGACACGAUUGAGCCCCUCCCCUUCUCGGACCGCCACUAG